AUGGAUAAAUUUAGAAAUGUACAAAAUGGCAAUUCUAAUAUUAAUCCAGUUGUUUUGUCUACAUCAGGCAUUGCAACCUGCAUGUCAACAGUUAUUGAACUAGAAAAUACAGUUUUCAUUUGUCAUAUUGAAUCAAGUGACUUUAUUGCAUCAGAUACAUGCUCGAUAAUUGAUGCUCAUGCAUUUUUUAAUGGCAAUAUUCAAGAAAGAUUAAAUGAUAACCAAUGUAUCAAAUUAAAAAACGAAAUUGAUCGAAUACGUGAAGAUUCGUCAAUUACUGCAAAUGGAAAUCGAACAGCUCCAUUUGAUCAUUUUUAUUUAUUUAUUAAUUCAAUUAAAAUGAAUUUAAUUGAGUUUAAUAUAAAACCAAAAACACCACAUGGUACAAAUAAAAGACCCUGGGAUAAUGACAAUCCAAACGAUUAUAUAAUGGAUUGCACAGUAAUAUAUGAUCGUUCGCGUAGUCCUCAUAUUUUUGCUGUUUAUCAAUUUGGUGGUCAAGAACAUCAAGUGGAAUGCAUUCGACGUCAUUCAUUAUUAUUAGGAAUUUAUGUUUUUGCCUAG